AGAGAUACGAGGAAAUUCUUAGCAGAGAGGUUGAGUAAUGUCCUUAAAGGAGAAAGACAUUGUCAAGCUGUCCGUAAUAGUUCAAUGUUUUCCAUGUCAGAUUUUGAGAAGCGUAAACCCUGGACAGUUAAGAAGUACAUGGACUGACAAUAAAAUGCACCAUCAUGAUAGUUUCACAAAUGAAUUACAAAAGCGCAGCUGCUCUUUCAGAGAGGAACCUGAUGAAGUUGGGAUGCCCCACCAGGAAGACAUGUCUCCGAGGAACCUUGUGAGAUCUUUAUCAACUCCAGUCUCGGUGUCAGGAAGAUCAUUGGGAAAUCUCCUUCAGGAGGAUCGCCAUGUACUAACUGGGACACAAAUCAGGAGGAAGCAUGAAGCAACUGAGAAGGUCUCCAUGAACAUUAAAAAACAGAAAAAGGAUAAAUUUAACAUAAGGGAAAAGGUUUCAAGCUUUCGAUACAACUUGACGCUCAGAGUGAGACUGUUCCGUAUGGAGAGAUCCGGUCAAAACAAAAACAACUUCUUCAACAAUUUUCCAAAUGGACCAGUAUCCAUGAUGAGUUUCUCUGACACACAUGGGAAUUCCACUGAAGUGCCACCCAGCCCCGCAUCCGUGUGCAGUAGUGUUCAUGAUGAGUUUUGGAGGUCAAAUGACUACCUAAGUCCUAUAUCAUCAUCAGGUGGACAUCAACUGGAGGACAGCGAUGUGUCCAAUGUUUUCAGAGAAAUAAACUCAAACUUGACUGAGCUGCGGAGGAAAUUAGAUCAAUUUGAAGGAGCUUGUCUGGAGGAAACUAUACAUGAACCACAUCCUGCAGAAGUUGAAACAGAUAUAGAGGACCAAUCUGAAGCCUACAUUAGAGAUUUGUUGAUUGCUGCUGGUCUGUAUGAUGAUUCAUUUAGUCGAUCGCUGUCAAAAUGGACACCACUUGGUAAGCCUAUCACCGCCCAGGUCUUCGAGGAAGUUGAAGAGAUGUAUAAAGAAAGCACCAAGGUUAAAGAUCAGGCAGAAAAAACAAAUCACAAGAUGAUAGUUGAUUUGUUGAAUGAAGUGCUUCCAGACAUACUUAGAGAACCGGUGAACAUAUCUAGAUACAUGGAGAAGGAUAAUGGGCUCGCGCAAAAGUCUCCAAAUGGAAGAAUGUUGCUAUCUCUCGUAUGGAAUAGUAUUCGAGCGUAUGUACAUCCUCCAGCAGACAGGUGUUAUUAUGCUCUUGAUAACUUGUUGGCCCUUGAUCUGAAAUCUACCCCGUGGUCUAGAUUGAUCGAUGACGAUGUAAAUGCUCUGAGUCGAGACAUCGAAUGCCUGAUCAUCGGGGAUAUGAUUGAGGAAAUGGUGAAGGAUUUUGCAAUUUUCUAUUCCCGCCAAAAACUGUUAAAAACAGUUAUGAAACGAAGAGUCGCGACUCUUCGUUUUCAGCCUCUUCUAAUGAUCAAUUUCUGGGUUCAAAGAAAUUUACAGAAUCUACAUACGAAUAUCUUCGAAACCUGA